AUGACUCACAAAGAUUGGGAAGUUGUUCAAGCGCGAAAGCUUUUAGGCACAUGGAAUCUUCACAAUAUUUUUGAUUCAGUGUCUCUCGACUUUUUCGUGCUCUUUAGUUCAGUGUCAUGUCAAUGGGGCCAAUGUGGCCAAUCUAACUACUGCUCUGCUGGUACGUCCUUGGAUGCCUUUUAUCAAUAUCGCCAUGUGAGAAUCCAGCCAUUCUACAAUAAUUCAAGACCAACGGAGUUCAGACCCUCCGGAAAUAUGAUCUCCUCGAGACUCUGGAGUUGGCCAUUAUCAAAUCCAAAUCAACGUCUCAAGCAUCCAGCUUCCUUGCAGAUGGCUACGCCAGCGAGAGCCAUAUUGGAUGUGGUUACAAGAUGUCGAUGGCAGACCCUGCAGAUCGUAAUCGGAAUGUCUAGAAACGUGAUGUUCGACUUUCUUGCUACGGUCUCUAACAACCCGCAAACUCUGGGAGAGUCAUCCACUGCGGAAUUCCUGGCAGAAGAGAUUGGCAAGACGCUGUCCACUUUCAUGAUGCGACCAAUUGCGGAGAGCGCGAUAUCCACCAGUCAUUCAAGACGCUUGAAGUUGAUUCACUUGGGGCUAUUGAGCUGA